GACAAGAACAGGAACCUGAAAUACAGCAUACUCAACUUGGAAAAACAAAAUAAAGUCGUCGUCAAAGUCCGAGUCUGAGGCAGACGAGCCAAAGCCCAAUAUAAAAUGACCAACAACGGCAAGCAAUCACAGCCCCGCUUUUCGCUUCCCGUGUCAGUCAGGUUGGAGGCAUUCAUGAAUAAUCCUCGCGGGUUUAGAUACCAUCCCCUACCCCACCACCCACCCAGACAACUCUACAGCAUCUCGUUUCUGGCAUAUCCUGAUAUGACAUAGCAACACACACUCGAUCAAGCGACCAUGUUGUUGCGCCAGCAUUCAUCAUUGAAAGAAACCGCCUGCGCAAGAAGCUCCCACCUCCUCCGCCCUAGAGCGCCAUAGCUCUGACCCAACAAUCCUCGGCCGACUUGCAACAUGCCUGGCCUGCCUUGUAAGCCUGGAGCCCGGCGCAUUCUGUCCUUGGGAGCCAUCAUAAGCUAACACGCCUGCGCAAACUAGCAUCUGUGGACCUUGACGAAUGUAUAGAAAACCUCUACAAGAAGAACCUGCUCGCCGAAUCCGUCAUAGAAGCAAUAUGCGCCAAGACGAAGGAACUGUUGAUGCAAGAGAGCAAUGUGGUACAUGUGCAAGCGCCGGUCACAGUUGUGGGUGAUAUACACGGCCAGUUCUAUGACUUGAUUGAAAUAUUCAAGAUAGGAGGAUGGUGUCCGGACACAAACUACCUAUUCCUCGGUAUGCGCCGCCGCAGCAAAAGAAACAGAUAUAUGGGAUGCUGACUUGAAAUAUAGGCGACUAUGUUGAUCGUGGGAUGUUCAGCGUGGAGACCAUCUCGCUCCUGGUUUGUUUGAAGCUUCGAUACCCCCACCGAGUACAUCUGAUCAGAGGAAACCAUGAAUCGAGAGGAGUUACACAAUCAUAUGGCUUCUAUACGGAAUGCUCGAGGAAAUAUGGAAAUGCGAAUGUCUGGCACUACUUUACCGACAUGUUUGACUUCCUGACCUUGAGCGUGGUGAUAAAUGACCAGAUCUUCUGCGUCCAUGGAGGUAAGAUAAAUUCAUUUCCAAGCGUGGCAAGAUGCCCAGAGGUUGAUUUCAAAUCAGGUCUUUCACCAUCGAUACACUCCAUCGACCAAAUCAAGAUAAUAGACCGAUUCCGCGAGAUCCCACACGAGGGUCCAAUGGCGGAUUUAGUUUGGUCCGACCCAGAUCCCGAACGAGACGAAUUCUCACUUUCCCCUCGAGGCGCUGGCUAUACAUUUGGGGCACAGGUGGUCAAGAAAUUUCUGGAGGUCAACAACAUGUCCCAUAUUCUACGCGCACAUCAACUUUGUCAGGAAGGUUAUCAGAUCUUGUUUGAUGAUAGAUUAAGUACAGUUUGGAGUGCGCCCAACUACUGUUACAGAUGUGGUAAUAUGGCAAGUGUCCUUGAGGUUAGUGACACGGGGGAGAGGUUCUUCAAUGUAUUCGCUGCGGCGCCGGAGAACGAUAUACACAAGCCAGAUGCACAACCCCAGGAUAAGACCGCGGAUGGCAAUGCGUUGCCAGACUACUUCCUGUAGAUAUUCACGAUAGAUUACCUUGUAGAACACAAGGACGAAAUGGAUGUACAACAUGAAUCAAGAAUUGGAGUUG